AAAAGUCAUUUAAAUUGUAAAGAAAUUAUUGAAGUUAAUGAGAAUAAAACUUAUACAAUUGAUGGAGUUAUUGUUGACUUUAUGUUUACUCCAGGUGCAGAAGCACCCACAGAAAUGAUGAUGUACUUCCCUCAAUUAAAAGCUCUUUGUACAGCUGAAGAAAUUAAUAGACUAAUGCAUAAUUUAUAUACUCCAAGAGGAGCUAAAGUACGUAAUGGUAAAGUAUGGGCUGGGUAUAUAGAUUAUAUCAUUAUGAAAUAUGGAGAUGAUAUAGAAGUAUCAUUUGGAACUCACAACUGGCCAACAUGGGGAAAUAAAAGAAUAGUUGAAUAUUAUGAGAAACAAAGAGAUAUGUAUAAAUAUCUUCAUGACCAAACACUAAGAAAUGCUAACUUAGGGUAUACUCCAAAUGAAUUACCAGAACAUGUCAAAUUACCAGAAUCAUUAUCAAAAGUGUUUUAUAAUAGAGAGUAUUAUGGAACUGUCAGUCAUAAUAUUAAAGCACAAUAUCAAUUUUAUCUUGGAUGGUAUGAUGGAAAUCCAGCUCAUCUUAAUGAAUUGACACCAAUAGAACAAGGAAAAAAAUAUGUUGAAGUUAUUGGAGGAGAAACAAGAUGUAUUGAAUUAGCUCAACAAGCAUUUGAAAAAGGAGAAUUUCAAUGGGCAAUAACUUUAUUAAAUCAUUUAAUAUUUGCCAAUCCAAAGAAUGUUAAAGCAAGAGAAUUAGCUGCUAAUGUGUAUACUCAAUUAGGAUAUUUACAAGAGAGUGCAGUUUGGAGAAAUGAAUAUCUAACAGCAGCAAUGGAAUUACGUUCAAGUGAAAUGAAGAAUACAAUUAGUAUGCCACCAGGAAAUGAUAUCAAACAUAUUAAAGAAAGUAGUCUUAGUGAUAUUUUUGAUGUAUUUAGUGUUAAUGUUGAUCCAAAUAAAAUUGAUGGAUUAGAUGAAGUUAUUAAUUUAAUAUGCAAAGACUCUAAUGAAACAAUAAGUGUUGUAGUAAAAAAUAAUGUAAUAAAUGUAAGACAAACAAUUUCUAAAAAUCCAACAAUAACUGUUGAAUCUACGAAACAAAAUUUAUUAAACUUUUAUUCAAAAAAAUUAACACAACAAGAAUUUUUCAAGAAAAUAGAAUUUAAAGGAAAAUUAGAUGGAUUUUUCAAACUUCUUGAAUCAAUUACAAUUCCAUCACCAAUAUUUGAAAUUAUUGAACCUUAA